AUGUUAGGGGCGCGUCGGGCGUUGUUUGGCUUUGCGGGUGGAUUCGCGAUCACGGACAUGUACGUGAACUCCUUGUGCCUGUCUGAUAUUUACACGGAGCCUCCCUCGAGAGCGAGUUCGACAGGCACGGAUUUUAUAGGCAACAUCGUGAAAAACGUGAGUGGCGUCUUUUCCAUGCCGCCGCCGCCGCUUCCACUCACAUCGCUGCGGGAGGACAUUGAGUCAGCGCUUUGCCGGAAUCGUAUUGCUGGCACGAUGUGCGUCUGCUUGUUGCUCUCUUUUGGUGGAUUAUGGCCGCUGAUUGGGUCAGGUGCAGCCGUACUUUUCGAUGGGGAAGAUGGUACCGAGCGUUACACCGCCGUGAAGAGAUGGCUGCGUCAGUGA